CAGAAGAGAUCUGCUGUGAGUGUGAGCUGUCAAAGAAUUCCGGCUUUCUGAUACCUGCAGAUCCAUCAGGGACUUCACUCCGGCCAAUUUUGUGUCCCACACCAGUCCCAGUGACCCCUCCCCGCCAUGGCCCUCCUGGCUCACACCCUGGCACUGCUGGCAAUGACCGUGGCCACCGUGGCCAUCAAGGUGGUGCCCCUGGACAUGGCCAAGGACUCCUUUGAUGACCAGUACCGGGGCUGUGGCCCUGCCAUGAAUGCAAAGUUGCCAUCCCUCUACAACUCUGAGUACCAGAAAAAUCCUGUGUUUGCCGGGGGCUGGUAUCAUGCUGAUGCUGAGUGGCGCAAGCGGGGCUCUCCUGUGUCCCCUCUGGCGUCCCAUUGGCAGGCCAUUGCCCUCAUGGCAUACACAUCACAGCAUGUGUACAAGAGGUUCAAUGCGGCCGUGCGCACGGCUGGGCGCUCCCGCCAGGCAUACCGGAACAACUUCCACUUCAAAACGCUGCAUUUCCUGCUGACCCAGGCACUGGUGAAACUGAGGCAGGCUCAGAACGGGCAGUGUCGCCGCGUGUUCCGGGGCGUGCGUGACGUUCGUUUCCAGGCACGGCGUGGCCAGAGGGUCCGGUUUGGUCAAUUCACAUCGACGUCACCCCAUAAAGAGAUUGCUCUGCACUUUGGGACAGACACGUUUUUUGAGGUGCACACGUGCCAUGGCGCGGACAUCCGGCAGUUCUCCAUGUAUCCAGGGGAGGAGGAGGUGCUGAUCCCACCAUUCGAGACCUUCAAGGUCACUAAAGUCACCCGGAAUGGUGAAAAGACAUGGAUCAGUCUCCGCUCCGCUGGGACCUUCAGUAAAUACAACUGCAAGUGGCAGUGAGGUGGGAGCAUCCCCGGGAUCUUCUGAGCUCUAGACCACCAAGGUCACCGAGGUCACUGAGGUCACUGUGGCAGCCGUGGCCACCAUGGUCGCCAAGACUCCCUCAGCCCCAAGGCUACCACUGGGACCACUGUGCACACCAAGGCCAUAGUGCAAAGCAAUUCUAUUAAAUAUUUCAAUCAUAAUAAUUCCAUUGAAUAAAUCUG